GUCAAUGGAGUCGCUGUGCGUUUUUGGAAUUACUGACAUUUAUGAAAGUUCAUUAGUAGAUCGGUUUGUAAUAAUCAGCCUCGAUGGUUUAUAAUCGGAUUCCAGCGGUAGUUUAAUGACAGUAAGACGCUCAUAUGCGUGUUUAAUACGGCGUUAAGAUCCACUGCGGCCUGACGAUUACAUCUCCAUUAUUCAAAUAUUAAAACAUUGUCAUACUUCAGUUUUCAGUCAUUAAUUAAGUGCGUGGACUCAUGUAAAUAUGGCAGAAGAGGGAGCGGUUGUGAUGCAGCAGGUUGUGGACAGGAGUUGUUGGGUGUGUUUUGCCACAGAUGAGGAUGACCGUACGGCGGAGUGGGUGCGUCCGUGCCGCUGCCGUGGUUCCACUAAAUGGGUUCAUCAGUCAUGUCUUCAGCGCUGGGUUGAUGAGAAACAGAGGGGCAACAGCACCGCGCGUGUGGCCUGCCCACAAUGCAAUGCUGAAUACCUCAUCGUGUUCCCUAAGCUCGGGCCGGUGGUGUAUGUGCUGGAUCUGGCAGACCGGUUGAUCUCGAAGGCCUGUCCGUUUGCUGCUGCUGGUAUCAUGGUGGGAUCCAUUUACUGGACGGCUGUCACAUACGGCGCGGUGACUGUCAUGCAGGUUGUGGGUCAUAAGGAAGGUCUGGAUGUGAUGGAACGGGCCGAUCCUCUCUUCUUGUUGAUUGGCCUGCCCACCAUCCCAGUUAUGCUAAUUCUAGGGAAGAUGAUUCGCUGGGAGGAUUAUGUGCUCCGCCUCUGGAGGAAAUACUCCAGUAAGCUUCAGAUCCUUAACAGUAUCUUCCCAGGUAUUGGCUGCCCAGUGCCGAGGAUCCCUGCGGAGGCCAGUCCGAUGGCCGAUCACGUGUCAGCCACACGCAUUCUGUGCGGCGCCCUCGUGUUCCCCACCAUCGCCACCAUCGUGGGUAAACUGAUGUUCAGCAGCGUCAACUCAAACCUUCAGAGGACCAUUCUGGGUGGCAUAGCGUUUGUGGCUAUUAAAGGAGCGUUUAAGGUUUAUUUCAAGCAGCAGCAAUAUCUCCGACAAGCUCAUCGCAAGAUCCUCAAUUUCCCCGAGACGGAGGAGGCCUGAGCUCAUCAUCAAAACUCUGUUCGAUUCCAUCCACGUCAUUUUGAUUUCACGCAGCUUUGAGAGACACUACAGGACAUUUUCACAGACGCUGGAUUUGGUUUUCUAUUUUUUGUUUUGUUUUGUGAAUGCGAUUAUUGUGUUUGGCGAAUUGAAUAGAGAUUGAGCUUUGUUUCAGUUGAUUUGAUCAGACCCAGGAGUGCGUUACUCAUUUUAUGGGCUUUGACAUUUUAAGGAAAGAAAUAUUGAAGUAAGUUUUUAUAUGAAUGAGUUGCUGUUUUAUAUUGAAUUAGAAAUGUUCAGGUGAAUCACUAUCUUUCAAAUGAAUCUUUAAAGCAUGUAAAAGAAGAGGUGCCGUUUCACUUGAACCACUUUUCUUCCUUCAUUAACAGUUCGACUAGUGAAUGCAAUAUUCAAUUCUGAAAGCAAACUGGUAUAUGUUAUAAUCUUAUAAAAUAACUUUUUACGUGGUCUUCUCGGAUGAAUUUCAUAAUUUCCUGUUAUAUUUCACGCCAAACUCUAAAGAAGUAAAUUGCUUUGCAAGAAAAAAAGCAAGCAAGUCUGGACACAAUGAUUUUUGUUUAAAUUUGUAUUCAAUUUAGUAUGUAUAUACUGUUAAAAUGAUACAAACAGAAAAUGUAUUUUGUAUGAAAUUAAAUUUUUUUUGUAUGCAUUCAAUUACGGAAAUAAUUUCACAAAUCAAAAAAAGUCACGUUGCAAAAAUCUUGAACCAAUUUUUUUUUUUUUUUUUUAGCAAAAUCAAUAUUUAAUGGGGUGAAAUAUGACAGCGUUUGUGAAAUUCACCGUCUUGCCUGCCUUCAGAUAAUUUAAGCGAUCAGCCGAUCAUAUUUCAUUUCUAUCUUUGUGAUGCUGAUGUCGGAGUUUCAGGGAGUCAGAAUCCAGUGUUUGGUCCUUAAUUGAUCACUCUAUUAAAACAUUAUGGUUCCUGAUGCCUCAUAACUGCAGUUAAUAAACCUGUUUCAUAAUAUAUUCCCAGAGAUAAAUAGUCAUCUAUAACAAUGAACUUAAGAGUAUUAGUGGCCUUUUUAUUACACCAGGACAAAAUGUCUUUAGACAGAUUUAUUAGUGAACAUGCCAUUAUUUUCUGAAUCAUUAUGUUUCGUGACUUGUAAUUCAUGUAGCGCAGCGGCUUUAUCUCCAGCCAUCAGCCACUAUAAUAUGGAUGAAAUUGGGAGGAAAACAGUAUAUGAAGACAGUGGCAGUGCAGAAUAGUAAUGUUUUGUAAUGCAGUAUUACACUACAGUGUGAGUUAGUGAUGAAACCUCUUCCAGUGGGCAGUGAGAGUCUUGUGUAAAUAACUCUGCUUAACAUUUAAUUAACUGUUGGAGUGCUGUUUGUCCAUAGAGUUCAAAUACAUCAUUACAGCUUUUGAUGAUAGGCGCUAACCUGAAAGAACAUGCUUAAUAUUGAGGUAGUUGCUAAGAAAUAGUGUUUAGCUCCAAGACUAACGGUGAGUUUUGCUGUUGGCUAAAAUGAUUUUAAAUUCUCAUUCUUUUUUCAGCAUGUAAUCGUGCUGUAUAAUAGCAGUGGGUUAUGUGUUAUGUCUCCUGUUGUACAGAUGAAGCACAAUGCCAAAUGCAUUGCAAGAUGCGCUGUACAGAUACGGCUUCUGAAUUCAGUUUCCUGGUUGGUUUAUGUAAAUAAAUGUAUUUUUCCAAA